AUGGAGUGGGGUUGGCUGAGAUACGUCGGGGACAACCUGUUUCACCAAAGGUGGGUUUCCGGCCGCGUGGCGCUAUCGGCUUCUGAGUAUGUCGGUACCACGCCGGACGGCGACACGUACAUUGAGAAGUAUGACGAAAAUCAUAAUGAAGAUGUGGACCUGGUUCGGUGGAGCGCGAGAUGGAACGACGUGCCCAACGGCGUGAAUCCUGCGCGGGUGUACCGCUUUCGGGAGGAGCCAACGGCGGUUGAGAAGCAUGUGGUUCUUCGAGAUGCUGAGCUGCUGGCCGAUCAUCGCUGUCGCGUCGUGGCGGCCACGAUCGGGCGGCCCGACCUGCUCACGGCGCCGGGCUUCCGCGCGCUGGUGCCGGGCGGACCGAGCGGCGCCGCCCCCGCCGCGGCGGCGGCGGCGGCCGGGCCUGUGGCGGCCGCUGGGCCUCGCCCAGGGGUGCUGCAGGGCGUGGCGCCUCAGGCGGCGGCGGCGGACGCUGGCACGCGCUGGCGGGCGGCGCAGUCGCUCGGGGACGUGCGGUACGGCGACGAGGUGCCUGGCCAUGUGGCGACGGCGGCCGCGGUGCGCGGGCGUGACCUCCACGCCCUCGGGGACGGCAGUGCCCUGUUCGUGGAGGAGGUGCCGGCGGCCGAGCUCGAGGCGUUAAUGGGGCGCGCCGUGGCCGCGGACGCUCGCGUGAUGCCCGUCAUGCGUACGGGCGCCCGCCGCGAGGCGACGUGGUCCGUCAUGGCCGCCCGCGUUCGCGAGGAGGAUUUCGGGCGCGACUGGCUGGUGACGGGCCCUCGCGCGACGUUCUGGUGCAUCGAGUUCAUCAGCAAUGAGGGGAUGGGCAUCGACGGCCAUCACGAUCGGUUUCGGGCGGUGGCCAAGCUCGAGCCGACGCAGUGGGGAGUGCAGGAGCACUUCCAGUGCGCGCAGUACAUCCGCUUGCUGUUGCUCUCGGACCAGUGCGACCGUACCAACUUGCAGGCCUGCGAACCCAUCUUCCGACGCAUGCAGACGAUCGAAUAUUCUUACCAGGAGAAGGUGAGGGAGCGAGAAGGGGCCAACCAGAGCGGGAAGUUGUCGAUCGAGGAGCAGACUCACUUUGCCGGCUCGACUCGGAUUUCGUCCAGCUUGAUGGCGUGCCCCGACUUGUUGGAGUUCGUACGUGAAGAAGUUGAACGCGAAGCUGCCCUGGCAAAGAACCUCCGUAAGGUUCGCGAAGAGAAGGAGCUCUCAAGAGGGGCAAGAAAGAUGGUCAAGGUUGAGGGGGCAUGGGGCGCCCCCUUCGUUGCCCCCGGUUGCCGGGCGACCGGGGGGCGUCUUCGCAUGGUCAAUUCGAGCGCUCUUCUUUUGGCCGUGAUGAGCCUGCUCGUCUGGUUGCCCGCAAUCCUCUUCCUCUGCCAGUGCCGCCGGUCGCCUCUGAGCGCCCUGCCAGUGGUGGAUUUUUGUCGCGGGGAUGCCGUCAGCGGGUUCAGCAGCGUCAUGCUCGUGACCUCGACGUUCGGAGGGCGUGGGGGGCAUCUGUCGCUGGUGCAGCAGCGCGUCACGGAGCACGUGCGCGACUCAGUUGGAGCGCUGGGGGCUCCACCGGCAGGCGUCGAUUCCUCGGAAGCUCUGCGGAGGCUUCGGGCGCCUGGCUUCUACGGUUCCGACGAGGGCGUGGAGCUGGGGAACUACAAUCCCGAGCUGCUCUCGCUGCCGUCCGUGGGGGGCCAUGCGGUUCCGCUCGCGGACUUCUCGGGUGCAGGCGGGCGCAGGCGCGUCGCGGAGUUCGUCCGCGAUUGUGUGCUACGUGCGGGGCCGGCGCUGGAGAGGAGAAAGAUGCGCGGCGCGAGGGCGCCCUAUUCUGACCCAGCGCUUCGCCAAACGCGUGUGUGGAGCGAUUUUGUCUCUCGGCUUCAUCGCAGCGGCCUGCUAGAUUUCGCCUACGACCGCGGCAGAGAGUCCGUGGAGUUCUUCUGUGUGCCGGAACAAGAUCAACGGUUGAGACUUGUGUGCGACUGUCGUCGCAGCAACGUCUGGUUUCGUGAACCUGAUAACGUCGCGCCUCGUGCUGGAGAGACCCUUGGGAACCUCCAGGUCGCUGAAGACGAGACGCUAUAUAUUUCAGAAGCUGAUCUGUCUAAUGCAUUCUACCACCUGCAGCUGCCUGUCGAGUUGCGGGAUCUGUUCACCCUUAGACGUGUUCGUGCUCGCGAUAUCGGCGUGACUGAGAUCGGCGGGGUGCCGGUGCACGACGGGUAUGUCGACAACUUCGUGGCUAUUUCGACUGUCGCCUCCAAGGUCAAUCGCCUCGCGUCCGCCGUCGUUGAGAGAUUCAGGGGGGCUGGCUUGGUCGCGACCGCCGAUGUCGACUCGCCCGGGAAGGGUCUUGCCCGUGACCGCACCGUCUUGGGAUGGGGCAUCAGCUGCCGGGCCGCCGUCCUGAGGCCCACUCGGGCCCGUGUCUGGAGAGCCCGCCAAUGUGCCCGAGCCGUGCUUCGCCGUGGCCGCGUCUCUGGGAAGGUCCUGGAGGGGCUCGUGGGGCAUAUGGGGUUCGUCAGCCUUGUCCGAAGGGAGAGCCUCUCUGUCUUCGACACGCUGUUCGCGUUCAUCCGCCGCUUCUACUAUGAGGAGGCCCCGCUGUGGCCCAGUGUCAUCAACCAGCUCGCGAUCUGGGAGGUGAUCGCGCCGCUGCUGUGGCGCAACCUGAAGUCCUCGUGGGGGCCGUCGCUGUAUGCCGUCGACGCGUCCCCGACUGGUCUUGGUGUCUGCUCGUCGCCGAUCUCUGUCGAGGAGGCCCAUGGGCUUGGGAGGCACUGCGAGCGCUGGCGUUUCUCUCGGGGCGCGCGUCUUCCUCCGCGACUUCAGGCUGCCGCCGCUGCCGCCGUGUCCGACGACCCCGAGGUGCAGUGGCUGUCCGGGGUGCGCGACAAUGGGUCUGGGGGAUUUUGGGAUGUCGACGGGGGCCCGCCGCCUGCUGGCAGUGCCGCCACUGUUCUGGGUUCUGGGCUCGGUGAUGCUCGUGAGACCGUGUUUCGUGAGGUGCCCCUGGAGCUCCUGAGACGCGACUGGAAGCUUGUUGGGCGGUGCAAGUGGAAUGUUGAGGAGCCGAUGUCGAUUCUUGAGGGGCGGGCCAUCUUGCACGCGCUGCGACACGCCCUGAGGAACGUUCAGAACUUCGGGCGCCGGAUCGCGGUCUUGGGAGACGCCCUCGUCGCGGCCUGUGCUGUUUCGAAGGGGCGAUCGGAUUCCAGGGCGAUGCUUAAGGUCGCCCAGUCUGUCGCUGCUCUCUGUCUUGCCACUGGGUGUGUGCUACACUGCCGGUGGCUCCCCUCGGAGUGGAACGUGGCCGACGGGCCCUCGAGGGGGCUUGCAGUUCCCUCGGUGCCGCAGCCGCUGUCUCUCUCGAAGCCCCGCGAGCUGGAGUGGCUUCGCUCGGGUGGGCAGGCCCCGCCUGCCCCGCGGCCGCGCGCCGCGACAGGUGGCGAUGCUGAUGCGGGCGACGCCGUCGACCGGCCCCGUGUCGACUGGGUCGGCUUCGAGGCCCUCGGGGAGGAGCAGUCAGACGCGGGCGCCCACCGCUUCGAGCCUGUCUUCGUCAGCGGCGUGUCCUAUGGGAUGACCGUCUGCCAGACCCACUCGGCUCGCCCCGCUACGUCGCGGCUGUGCCAAGACGACUUUGCCUCGUUCACGCGCUGGCUGAAGCGCCAGGGCCGCCCGAUGCUGGAGGGUGAGGUCGACGCCGACCAGACGCUGUCGCAGUUCUUGGGCGAGAUGUACCUCGACGGCGCGCGCGUGAGCUUGGGGCAGCGGAUGCUCGCCGCUGUGCUGUUCCACCAGUCGGCCCUGAGCAAGACUGGCGGCGCGCGGGUGCCGCGGGGCCGCCGCGCGCUCAAGGGCUGGCAGCGGCUGGCGCCUGCUGGGUCGAGGCUCGGAGUGCCGUGCGAGGUGAUGUGCAUGAUCGUGAUGUGGAUGUGGCUGCGCGGCCUGUGGGAGGAGGGGCUCGUGACGUGGCUGACGUUCGAGAUGUGCUAUCGCCCAGACGAGCCGUUCACCCUCCGCGCGCAGGACCUCGUGCCGCCCGCGGCGGGCUCGCGGGCCGGGGGCAGCUGGUCGCUGACGCUGCGCGCCCGCGAGCACGGGGUGGCCUCGAAGACCCAAGAGUUCGACCAGGCGCAGCUCCUGGACCUCGACCGCCAGGCGGCUCUCGGCCCAGCCCUCGCCGCCAUGCUGGAGGCUCGGUUCGGGGCCCAGUGGCGCCGGGCCGUGCUGAAGCGGCCCGUGGGUGCUGCCGCGGCGCCUCCGCUGUUCGCGAUCAGCAGCACUCAGGCGGGGCAGGCUUUCGACAGGGCGGUGCAGGCGCUGGGGCUGCGGCGCGUGGACGCGGUACUCGAGCGCCUGACCGCCCUGCUCCGUGCCCACGCGCUGCUCUGCGCCGACUUGCUCGCCGACGUUGCGGACCUGACGCUGGGCAAGAACCAGAGCUUGCUGAUGGGCUGGCUCGCUGGUGGCCUCAUCAUCGGGUUUCACGUCGCGCUGCCGCGCCAGACCUAUUCCCGCAUCCGCGAUCGUGGAGGCGGGCCGCCGCUGCUGAGGUGCCUCGGCGGCCGCAGAAUGUGCGCCCGCGCUGGCGAGCGUCACCAGCAGCUGGUCGGCAAGUGUCAGGGCGGUAUGUUUUGGACUAAACCACGUGCCUUCGCAGGGGCGCCUUUGUGCCGGGGCCCGUGCGCGAUCGCGUCGCGGCCUGCUGCAGCCUCCGCUGCUGCGGCGUUCGGCGCUCCCGCGCUGACGGAUGAGAUCGGCGAUGCCGAGAAGAAGCUCUUUGCCGAUUCGCGCGCCUUCGCCGAGCAGGCCAUCGACAAUGUGAUCGUGAUGGGCGCCCAAGCAGGCCCGAAGCGUUUGAAGGCGGCGGUGGAGGCCCGCCACGAGGCCAUCUGUAGCUCCAGCGGCGCGGUCAGCGCUACCUCGCAGGGCGGCUUGGAGCGCGGCGCGGUGGUAGGUGUCUGCAAUUCGUCCAUUAUGGGCGGUGCCGAUGCCCAGAAGGCGCGCUCGGCCUUCCCGGCCGCCCCGGCCUUCAAGGCCGCGGCGAAGAAGCACCGGGUGCCUUCGCAUGGGCCCGCUGCGGCGGCGCCCUCUGGCGACGGCAUCGGCGCGGGGGCCGAGAUGCUCUUGGACAUGUCUUGCCCGUUCAUGAAGUCCUUGGACUGGGCGUCCGACGUCUACCUGGGGUCUUUCCCUGGCGCCUCGGCGACGGAUGCUCUGAUGGCCGUCGACAAGGCGAUGGUCGUGGGCGCCGCGGCGGACGGGAACGAGCUGAAGGCGGCGGCGGAGGCGCGCCGCCGGGCCACCGGGGCCGUGCCCGACAAGCUGUUCUCCUCGUGGGACCCUUUGGCGGCGAAUGCCGCUGCCACCGCGUUCGGCGAGUUCAAGGACGUGGUGGAGGCAGCUCGCUGA